GAGUGUAGCAUUUCGCUUACGCGCUGUACUGAGAGAAGGAACUAGGAGAUAGUAGGGUCGAGAGAGAUAGAGGAUUGUGUGUUGGUGUUGUAGAUCUAAGGAUAACUGUUGUGAAGGAACCCGUAAAGUGUGUGUGGUUUUUUUUAAACAAACAAAGCUUUCUGAGGAAAUGUAUCGCUCGGGCCAGUUGGUGAGAGCAUUCACUUUUUCUGCUCAACGCAGCAACAGGUUGGUUUUGAACUCAAAUAAAUCGGCAUUGUUGAAGAAAUGCCUUGGCGAUGUAAAUGCAACUCAGAACCUUGAAUUCACCACUUCAAGAUCUUUGGCGAACACAACACUUGAUCGUCUUUUUCCUAAACAUGAAGACUUUGCUACUCGACACAUAGGACCCAAUGAUGAAGAGGUUCAGUCUAUGCUUGAAUUAUGUGGCGUGCAGGACUACUCAGUACACACCUUACCAAGCGGAGCUGGCCCAGGGCCGCCUGGAGAGUCUCCUCAACUACCAGACCAUGGUGGCCGACCUGAUGGGUUUGGCAGUCUCAAAUGCUUCUCUACUGGACGAGGGUACGGCCGCAGCUGAGGCUAUGGCGUUGGCACAAAAGCAAACAAAGAGGAAAAAGUUCUUUGUGGAUGUCAGAUGCCACCCACAGACCAUUGCUGUUGUAAAAACCAGAGCAAGUGGUCAGGGAAUUGAAGUUGUGGAAGGCAGAUGGCAAGACUUGGACCUCAGCGGCAAAGAUAUGGCGGGAGUCCUUAUCCAGUACCCAAAUACAGAUGGAUCCAUUCAAGACUACACUUCUUUUGUUACAGAGGCACAUCAGAACGGGACUCUGGUGGUAGGAGCUACUGAUUUGCUGGCCGCCACAAUCGUGAAACCUCCCGGUGACCUUGACUUUGACAUUGCCAUCGGCACCAAUCAGAGAUUUGGAAUCCCCAUGGGUUAUGGGGGUCCACAUGCCGGCUUCUUCUCUUGCAAACAGAAGUUUAUGAGGCAGCUGCCAGGAAGAGUGGUCGGAAUCACGAGGGAUGCAGCUGGAAGGCGAGCGCUCCGACUUGCCCUACAGACCAGGGAACAGCACAUUAGAAGGGACAAAGCCACCAGCAACAUCUGCACAGCUCAGGCUCUGCUGGCCAACAUGUCGGCAAUGUAUGCCAUCUACCACGGACCAAAGGGCUUGAAAGAGAUUGCAAGAAAGGUCCAUCAUGGGGCUCUGAUCUUGGCAAAGGGCACAGAAAAGGCUGGACAUACAGUCAGUCCUGGUGCCUUCUUUGACACGGUCAAAUUCCAGCCCAAGACCAGUCAAGCUGACAUCAGACAAAAAGCUGAGCAGAAAAACAUCAACCUGCACUAUUUCUCAGAUGGACAGGUCUCCAUCGCUCUGGAUGAGACUGUCUCUCAGGGGGACCUUGCAGAUCUGCUGGACAUUGUAGGAAGUCCUUCAUCAGCUGAUGAGCUUGCUAGUGAGUUGGGCGAGAACCCUGCAGAUAGCCUGGAGAACAGCCAGUUUGCCAGGACAUCUUCCUACAUGUUACAUCCUGUCUUUAACACGCACCAUUCUGAGACAAAUCUGGUCAGGUACAUGAAGACGUUGGAAAACAGAGAUCUGUCGCUGGCUCAUUCUAUGAUCUCCCUCGGCUCUUGCACCAUGAAGCUCAACAGCACUACAGAAAUGAUGGCAUGCACAUGGCCUGAGUUUGCCUCUCUCCACCCCUUCAUCCCCAAAGAGCAAGCCAAAGGAUAUGAUGUGAUGCUAACUGAACUGGAGAAAGAUUUGUGCGAAAUCACAGGCUAUGACCGCAUUUCUUUCCAGCCGAACAGUGGUGCCCAGGGAGAAUAUGCAGGCUUGAGGGCUAUCAUGUCUUAUCACCAGAGUAUUGAUCAACAACAGAGGAAGGUGUGUCUUAUCCCCAUCUCGGCCCAUGGCACCAACCCAGCCAGUGCCCAGAUGGCAGGCAUGAAAAUCCAGCCCAUCAAUGUAGAUAAGAACGGAGCAGUAGACAUGAAACACAUGAAAGAAAAUGUGGAAAAACACAAGGAGGAACUUUCUUGUUUAAUGGUUACUUACCCUUCUACUCAUGGUGUGUUUGACAAAGAUAUCAGGGAGAUCUGUGACCUGGCCCAUCAAUAUGGAGGACAGGUCUACCUUGAUGGAGCAAACAUGAAUGCCCAGGUGGGUCUCUGCAGACCAGGUGACUAUGGCUCUGAUGUGUCACAUUUGAAUCUCCACAAAACUUUCUGUAUUCCACAUGGCGGAGGAGGUCCGGGAGCCGGCCCCAUUGGAGUCAAGUCACACUUGGCUCCAUUCCUUCCCACGCACCCUGUAAUACAGCCAGAGGGAACAGAUGAGCUACUUUCCUUCGGAAGUGUUUCGUCUGCCCCAUAUGGUUCCAGUUCAAUUCUGCCCAUCUCCUGGGCCUACAUAAAGAUGAUGGGAGCUCGCGGUUUGCGAAAGGCCUCGCAGGUCGCCAUCUUGAAUGCCAACUACAUGAGUAAACGGCUUGCUGGUCACUAUAAGACACUUUACACCAAUGAGCAAGGAUUCUGCGCCCAUGAGUUCAUCAUAGAUUGCAGAGAGUUCAAGAAAACUGCAAAUGUUGAAGCUACAGACAUCGCCAAAAGAUUGCAGGACUACGGAUUUCACGCACCGACCUUGUCCUGGCCUGUGUCAGGAACUCUUAUGGUAGAGCCGACCGAGUCAGAGGAUAAAAUGGAGCUGGACAAUUUCUGUGACGCCCUUAUCAUGAUCAGAGAUGAAAUCAGAGCGAUCGAGCAAGGACAAGUGGACAGGGAACGUAAUCCUGUGAAGCUUGCACCACACACUCAGGCCGACGUCAUUUCUGGAAAAUGGGACCGUCCCUAUUCUCCAGACUCUGCCGUGUUUCCAGCAGCUUUUGUGCAGCCAGGCUCAAAAUUCUGGCCAACAGUAUCACGCAUUGAUGAUAUCUACGGAGACCAAAAUUUGAUGUGUACUUGUCCUCCUAUGAGCGAGUACUCCUCUGGGGAUGAGACAGACUCAGUCAGCAAGGCUUCCAACUGAUUCCAAGUACCCGAUCUACGCUCGGCCUGAAAGCAUGAAUGAAUUCCAACACUUUUCAGGGAGUUUCCCGGUCAAAAUGUAAUGAAAUAAAAGGGUAGGGGAUACAAAAAUGAUUAUGUCAUAUAUAUAUAUCAUCAUACACUAAGUCCACAUUGCCUUAAAUCAUGUUGAUUUGUAGUUUUUUUAGUAAAUUUUUCUUUGGACACCUCCCAGCUCUGGUCAUAACUAUACAUUGGCAUCUUUGCUUGAUGGUGUUUCUUCCACUUGAGACAACCACAUGAAAUGAUAAGUGUUGAAUGCCCCGAUGCCCCGAACCUGAAGUUCGCACAUGUAAGAAUUAAACUUGUAAGUGGCAGUGAAAAUGUAACAUUCCACAGCCAUUUUUGAUGAGGUGACGGGUUCAAAUUACUUUUCCCGGGGACAAAAUGUUAUGUUCACGGAAUGAAAUUUCCACAUUGCAAUGUUGAUGCUUCCACUCAUCUCCACAUGUACAUCUUUAAGAGUGUGAGACCUUGCAUCCAUGAGUCACACAUAUUGUGUUGGCACAUUUUGGUUUCUUGAAGUUGUGUAAGCUUUAACUGUCGACCAAAGAUUUUCCUCACUGCCUGUGAUACCAUGUACAAAGCUGUUAGUAUGUUUUGACAAACAAAGUAUAUGACACUUUUUGCAGACAAAUGAGAUGUUACAGUGAGCUGUAGACAUAUGGCACUAUUUCCAUACAUUACAUGAGAAUCUAUACAUAUUAUAUUUGUGAAAGUUUGUCACUUUGGCCGCCUAAAACUUCCCAACCACUGAACUUUCGAAUUUGACAAAAUUAACGGUGGUUCAGAAUCAUUAAAGGGUGCACAGUUGUAAUAUGAAGUCUGAAUCAGUGUAGUUUAAUUUUCAGUUUUUCAUUAGUUUCGUUUAGAUCUUAUCUUGGGAAAGUUCAUCUUCUUAGACGCCAUUGUAAACAAGUGAGAGUUCUGUUCACAAACAGUGAAUACUGGUUCCACCAUGACUUGACGAUCGAUUCUUUUGAGUCCGUUCAUCGAACAAGGUACCCAGUUUGUUAUAAAUAUACGACAUCUCUUUACAAUGGGAAAAUUAUACAGGCAGUUUCCUACUAUGCAUAUUUAUUACCAAUCUCUUCUAUAAUUUCUUGGGUUUGUGUUGUGCUUGCCCGUGUCUAUCUCUGUGGGAUUUGUUCGAGUGAGGAUCAUCAGGGGAAAACUAACAACAUAGGUGAUUGCAAUAAAUAGAUCAAGAAGGUUAUAUUCUGUCAUAUUGCUAAAAGUAUGCCCAUGAAAACAUCGAUUUAACCCCUUUGUUGUCUUAUUAAGUACCUGUAUGUCACAAAAAUGCCUACUUCCUGGCAAGGAAAGGGUUAAUUAUCAUUAUGGAUGUGAUAGGUUAACUUCUCAAAAAUAUCAUCUGCAUUAGAUGAUGGUAUACGGUCUCAAGUGCAACUAAUUCGAUGUCCUUAGUAGAUUCAAUGACAGAUGAAUCGGUGAGCAGCUGCUUUUUCUGAUCUAUUUUAAUGGCUGUUUUGCUCUUAUUGUUCUCUUGAGGAGUCCGUGUAUGCUUUAAAAAAAAUGUUGCCAGAUGAUCUGUCUUGUAAACUUUGCUUGCACUGCCAACAAACACUAUGUUGUUUGUAGUUGGUAAUGCUUGCUCCUUUUCUUGAUUGGGUGGUUGGUGAGUGCUGCGGAGUGUUUUUCUCCUACAAUUUUUUCUCAUUGUUACUUUUUACUCUGUCCUGGUCUCGGUGAAAUGUGACCAUUGUUAUGAUCCUGGUUUGCCUUACUUAAACUACAACAGAAUUCACCACAAGUGCAUCCUAUAUACAUUAUGUCCACUUGAUGUCACUUCAUACUUUUCUACCUCUUCCAGUCUUCACUGAAUGGCGUAUCCCAUUCCACUAUCUCAUUUUCAUGAUUGCCUCUAUUUUCACGUGCUCGAACUGAAAUCCUUUUGUAUUGCAAUAUUUCACUAGAAAUUGCGCUUGUCUUCACCUACUUUAGAAUUACCGUACUAUAAUCUUAAAUCUGUUUAUGUGUACCCUUUUUGAGACGUAUUGAUGUGGGUAAAUAGAUGAGCAGUGCUUGUUAUUUUAGUUCAUAUGCUCUGCAUAAAUCAUGUUCUAGUUUCAGGUAAGUUUGGACCAGACAGAGUAUUAGUUUCAUAUUGUGAGAGCUCUUUCUUCGAGACUACAAGAGGCUGAUCUAUGGGAAAGAGCAGGAAAAUGCAUGCAAAUUUGUUUGGGUUUUUUUUUUUUCCUUUCACCAUCUCAAAAUAUUUCUUGGACAUUACAAAAUUGUUCAGUUUUCAUUAUGUACGAGAUAACUUCCCUUAGAAAAUUUCCAUUGAUCUUUUGUUUCAUUUGUCAAUAUUAUUAUAUUAUUAUGUUAUGAUUUGAUGAUAGUAACAUUCCCUGAGAAAAUAUGAUUGUUUCAACGAUGUAUUUUGAUCAUUUUUGUUUGAGUGGAAAACUGGCUCUCUGAAUUGUUAAAGGUAAUCUGCACAACAUACCCUCUUUUUGUUACAACUGCAAACUUAUAUGACAAUAUGUAUGGGGAAAUGACACCUCGUUCUGUCUCUAUGUGUAUCGCACAAAGUACUUCAAUUAUUAUAAUAUUUCUUCCUAAUCAGCAGUGCACUCAAGUAUUGUCUUUGUUUGCACACCUAAUUGGGAUUUGAUCUGAUGUCAGCUGUUUGACUUUUAGUCUGAAAUCUACCUUCUUUUUUUUGUAAUAGAAUAUGAAAGCUCAGGUCUGACCAAAUUUAAAUCAGAUGUCUAUAUUUUUUUAAUUUUUUUUUUGGUUAUGUAAUUCAUGUACAAUUUAUUUGGUUUGAUGCACCUACUUACUCCACAAUUUCCCAAUCUUCUACAAAAAGCUCAAGUGUAAAUCUCAGUCUACUGUGUCAGGUUGUUAAGAAACAUCACAGUGCAAACUGUUUUGCACCAUAAAAUCUGAUGUUUAAACUUUUCUUUUUCGUUUUCUUUCAAGAUGAAUACCUAUGAUUUUGUUCCCAUAAUGAGUCAGAUAAAGUGCUGCUAUGACACUGAAUACAAUGAAUUUCCUCAACGCUGACUGUGCCUUAAAUUCAGAUACUAUAAGCUAUUGCCAGAUUUUUCCAUACACCUUUUCCAAGUAUAUGUGUAGCAUUGUGGUGAAAUCAAAUGCUCGUCAAAGUAAUGAAAAUGUAGGAAGCAGACUUUUUUUCUGCCCAUUGGACAAUUAUUAUUGGAUUAUUUUUUUUGGUUUUAGGCUGAACUUCUUUUAUUUCCUUUGAAAAAAACAUUCCUGCUUGGAUUUUACUGAAAAAUGUUAAUCAAGGACAUAAAAAAUCGCGGGCAGUAUUGCGUACAGACAUAUCUCAAAGGUUACCAAAAAUGACUCAUGUGUGUAUGCUAUACUGCCCACGAAAUGUAAAUUUGCUGUUUCCAAAGAAGCAACAGCUUUGGAAGGCACCAAACUCUCAUGGCCAUUUUCUUGCUAAUUUUGCAUCUGACAUCAGGCCACCUCCACUUCCUUCGUUUGCAAAUAUCUUGACUUCUAGUCAAGAUAGAUGGGUAUUUUUUUUUAAAUCAAAAGACAAGCAAUUAAUUCCAUAUGCCGAAAAAAAUUGACGGGCACCUGAUUCCACCUCAUCGUGACUUACACAUAUGCACUAUGCAAUAUUUAAUAUGUUCAGCUAACGUUAUGGUGAUAAAUAAUAGUCGUGAUGGAAAACAAUGAAUAAAGUGAUUAUCAUGUGUUCA